AUGGCACCUCACACAGCCAAAGCCCUCCUCCUCACCCUCCUCCUCGCCCUCCAAAAAGCCACCGCCAUCUCCCACGAAAACGCCCCGGAAACCAUCAUCAACAACAACAGCGGCUGCACAAGCACCAUGACGCUCACGCAGUCCCGCCUCCCUACACCACCGUACUGGCCGCAGUGCUCCUGGGACGGCACCCUGAGCAUCUACUCCUCCACCGUCACGGUCACUCGCUCGGUGGACUGUCGCGGCUGCGCGAAUGUCCGCGUUACGGAAGCCCCCGUUGUUCAUUGUCCGGCAAAAAUCAUUUCGACGAGGGGAUUGACAUGGCUGACGGUGGCACAUGUGUAUAUCUACAUGUAA